AUGUCAGUGACUGCCUAUGUGAGGGACUCUGCCUCCUCCUUGCCUUCUCUACAGAAGAACCAAGAGGUUAUGAUGUAUGAGACAAGCAGAGUGCUUCAGACCUGGGCUGCCCAGAUGAAGGGCUUGGUACUGGUGCCAGAAUCUUCACGUGUCAGGUUGGGGAUUGUGCUGGUGUUGGUACUGAGUUUGCUGCCAAGCCUGUACUGUGACCUGUACUCAUCCUAUGAAAUAGUCAUUCCCAAGGCUCUGACAGUUCAUGGAAGACAAGACCCAGUGGAGGAGGCUUCUUAUAUGUUAUGUAUUCAGGGCCAGAAACAGGUGAUUCACCUGAAAGUGAAGACAGACUAUUAUAUCAAGAACUUUCCAGUCUUCAGCUACCACAAUGGCAUUCUGGGACAAGAAAUGCCUUUCAUCUCACAUGACUGUCACUAUGAAGGCUACAUAGAAGGACUCCCGGGUUCUUUUGUUUCUGUCAACACCUGUUCAGGCCUCAGGGGCAUCCUGAUUAAGGAGGGGAAAUCCUAUGGCAUUGAGCCCAUGGACUCUUCAAAACGGUUUGAACAUGUGUUGUACACCAUGGCCCAUCAAGCUCCAGUCUCCUGCAGUGUCACUUCCAAAGACAGCACAGUGGUGUCCACCAGCCGACAACAAGGGAGCAGGAAGCCUGGCGGUCUACAGGAGCUGUCCUACUUGUGGUCACUCACCAAGUAUGUGGAGAUGUUUGUUGUGGUCAACAACCAGCGGUUCCAAAUGUGGGGCAGUAACGUCAAUGAGACGGUCCAGAGAGUGAUGCACAUCAUUGCCCUGGCCAACAGCUUCACUAGGGGAAUAAACACAGAGGUGGUGCUGGCUGGAAUGGAGAUUUGGACCGAGGGGGACCUCAUAGAGGUCCCAGUGGACCUGCAAGUUACACUCGGGAAUUUCAACAGCUGGAGACAAGAGAAGCUCCUCCAUCGUGUGAAGCAUGAUGUUGCCCACAUGAUUGUCGGACAGCAUCCUGCACAGGGUAUGGGACAGGCAUUUCUCAAUGGUGCCUGUUCAAGUGGUUUUGCAGCAGCUGUUGAAUCCUUCCAUCAUGAAGAUGUCCUGCUGUUUGCAGCGCUCAUGGUCCAUGAGCUUGGGCACAACUUGGGUAUUCGGCACGACCACUCAGCCUGCAUUUGUAGAGACAAACCCCUCUGCCUCAUGCAGGACAAUAUCACUAAAGAAAGUGGCUUCAGCAACUGUAGCUCUGACGACUUCUACCAGUUCCUCCAGGAACACAGAGGGGCCUGCCUAUUUAACAACCCUCAGCGGCACAAAGGCCGCUUGCGGAGGGGUUCCUACUGUGGAAAUGGUGUGGUGGAGGGUGAGGAGCAGUGUGACUGUGGUUCUGCCUGUUACACUGACCCGUGCUGUGACCAAACAUGUAGGCUGAAGGGGAGUGCAGAAUGUAGUGAUGGACUCUGCUGUUUUGGUUGCCGAUUGAAGAAUAAGGGAUUCAUGUGCCGUUCUGCUUUGGGAGAGUGUGACCUCCCAGAGUAUUGUGAUGGUACCUCUGCAGAGUGCCCCACAGACACCUAUAAGCAAGAUGGGACGUCGUGCGGUAGACUGCACUACUGUGUUGGGGGUCUGUGUAGAAACCCUGAUAAUCAAUGCAUGGCUAUGUAUGGGGACACUGCACGGUCAGCCCCAGAAAACUGUUACAUUUCAAUGAACAGCAAAGGGGACCGGUUUGGAAACUGUGGCCGUCCCACCUCAGCAAUGUCAAGAUAUGUUAAGUGUUUUGAUGAUAAUGUAUUUUGUGGGAAAAUUAUAUGUACAAAUAUUAGACGGGUCCCAUCCAUCAAACCCCAUCACACACUGAUCCAGAUUCCUUAUGAAGGUGACUUCUGCUGGAGCUUGGAUGUCUAUAACAUUACUGAUGUCCCUGAUGAGGGAGAUGUGCACUCUGGCACUGCUUGUGCCCCAAACAAAGUCUGCAUGAAUUACUCCUGCACUGACCGUGCUGUGCUCAACUAUGACUGCAGACCAGCAGAAAUGUGCAAUGGGAGAGGAGUCUGUAACAAUGUAAGGCACUGCCACUGUGAGGCUGGCUAUGCACCCCCCGACUGCAGAACUCCAGGAAAUGGGGGGAGUGUGGACAGUGGUUCUCCUGGCAAAAUAGAGGAUGAAAAUCUAAGUGAGGAUGAAAGGAAAAGUCAUAGUGUUGAUCAUGGUAAUUUUGGCAGAGGUGGUGAGAAUAGAAAUGAAAGGAAAGCCACGGAAGAGGUUGGGUUGAUAAUCCCCUUUUUUAUUUUCGCAGUACUUUUUUCAUUUACAAUUUGCUGUUGCUGUUGUUGUUUUUGUGCAAUGAUAUUUGGUCUACUUUUUGGUGCUGGUAUUGGGACUGGAAAGAAUUUAUUUCCAUGUUCACAUGAAGCUCCAGAAGAAAGUGGAGAAGCAGUUACACAAGAAGAGAAGAAGGAAUUAAAACACGAAAAACCAAAAGCGGAAAAUAAGUAGUGAUAGGAAGAAGUCUUUUAUAGCAAACUCUUCAUACACUUGGUGGAAGGAGGCUCAGUAGAGCAAAUGUGAAGUGGGCAUUGGCAGCAGCAUUGGCUCUGAUCAGGACUCUAAAGACUGUAGAAAUGUACUGAUGUGGGAGGAGAGAGAGAUGAUUUUCUUCUUCUUUUACUAAUUAAUUACAUAUGCAUAUGUGAAAUCAUUUCAAGGCUUUUACUACUUUUUCCCGUUUUCACAUUUCAUGAAACCAUUUAAAUAAACUUUUCUCAUG